CUGCCAGGCGCAGCGAGUCGAGUGCCAGCUGCUCACCUGCCCCUACGGCCUGCAGAAGUCGCUGGACGGCCGCGGGUGCCACGUCUGCUCCUGCCACGACCCCUGCGAGAGGCAUCGGUGCCCCGAGGCCACGCAGUGCGCCGUCGACCUGAGCUCCGACGCCGACGCGGACUUCCUCAGGACCAAGGAAAGUGGCCAGUGGGUGGCCGUCUGUCGCCAAGUCAACAAACCUGGUCGUUGCCCCUCGCCCAGCGCUCGUCCCAUCCCCUCCGAGUGCCAGGACGAGUGCCAGAACGACUCGGGGUGCCAGAACGACCUGAAGUGCUGCCACAACGGAUGCGCCUUCUCGUGUGCCAAACCGGUGCCGGAGGAGGGAGAGGAGAAGCCGGUGGUGGCCACGCCGGUGACCACGCCGGUGCAAGUCAACAAACCUGGUCGUUGCCCCUCGCCCAGCGCUCGUCCCAUCCCCUCCGAGUGCCAGGACGAGUGCCAGAACGACUCGGGGUGCCAGAACGACCUGAAGUGCUGCCACAACGGAUGCGCCUUCUCGUGUGCCAAACCGGUGCCGGAGGAGGGGAGGAGAAGCCGUGUGGUGGCCACGCCGGUGACCACGCCGGUGCAGAGUUUUAAGGUAUUUUCAAGAGUUCUAAGGUAUUUUCAAGAGUUUUCAGGUAUAUUUAAAGAGUUUUCAAAGGGUUUGACGUUUUUUUCAAGAGUUUUGGGGGAUUUCUCAAGAGUUUCGAGGGGUUUUGAGAGUUUUUCGAGAGUUUUUGAGUUUUUAAGGGUCCUGAGAGAUUUUGAGAGGGAGGUGGCCAUCAACAAACCUGGUCGUUGCCCCUCGCCCAGCGCUCGUCCCAUCCCCUCCGAGUGCCAGGACGAGUGCCAGAACGACUCGGGGUGCCAGAACGACCUGAAGUGCUGCCACAACGGAUGCGCCUUCUCGUGUGCCAAACCGGUGCCGGAGGAGGGAGAGGAGAAGCCGGUGGUGGCCACGCCGGUGACCACGCCGGUGCAAGUUUUAAGAGUUUUGGGGGAUUUCUCAAGAGUUUCGAGGGGUUUUGAGAGAGAGAGAGGGCCGAGGGAGGUGGCCAGUGGGUGGCCGUCUGUCGCCAAGGUGGAGGUUCUGAGAGUUUUAAAGAGUUUUUCGAGAGUUUUUGAGUUUUUAAGGGUCCUGAGAGAUUUUGAGAGGGAGGUGGCCAGUGGAUGGCCGUCUGUCACCAAA